CUCUGCCCAAGUUCAGCACUGGGUGUGCCUUGCUUCCUGGGCUGUUUGAGUUCUGUCAGUCCACACGCUGUUCCUGUUAUCACUUCAUGAUGAGGAAGUCUCAUGGAGACUAAUGGAAUCAAUGGGAUGUAUUCCCAUGGAAGUGCACCCAGGACAGCAAUCUAAGUUUGUCUUCAGCCGACGAUGAGGACUUUCAGCUGACGAUGAGGACUUUCAGCUGACGAUGAGGACUUUCCAUUUUCUUCUAAUCAAAGCUAAAAUCUAAUGCUAAAGUGCAGGAGUAGAGAGCUGCAUAGACACACACCACCAUCAGCAAGCAUCACCAUGGUCCACCACGGUUUACUUACUUAUCAGAAGUAAAUGGAUUCUUAGGAGAUGAGUUAAUUCUAUCUUCCUGAAGGUGAGCACGAAAGUUACGUGAGCAUCAAGAUCAGAAGCUUUUGAACUUGAAUGAACAGUUUCUGGUUUGCCAUUACUUUCUCUGUCUUCAGCAAGCAAGCUAUCAGGUUACAGCAUCUGGCCGGAAAUCCCUUCAUUCUCUCCCAGGGUCUGCACUCUAACUGGAUACUCAUUUUGCCUGUCUGGGGUCUCGUCUAGUAUUCCCCCUGCCGCUACCCACCAGAACCUGUGUUCCAUCUCUCUGGGUUAAGAAGGAGAGUAAAUAGCAGGGCAGGCAGAGAGAGAGAAAGAAGUGGGGCGGAAGGGGGGGAGAGAGAGAGAGAGAGAGAGAAAGAGAGAGAGAGAGGCUGCCUUUUAUGGUCCUUUGUGGAACCCCCAAGCAUUCCUCGCUCAGCUCCCUCCUCCAACUGGAGCAAUGACUUUUCUCCCUCCUACCUAGCCUGUUUGUGGCAAGGAAAUAAAAUAACUGAGGUUUUAGGUUGUGCCAUUGCUGCUUUUGUUGCCACUGACAUGAACAUGAAAACAGUUGUUAUUCUCCUAGUGCUGGCUUUGGCCACAAUUUUUGCUUUAGUUUGUGUCUUGCUGACUAAGAAGGAAAAAUACACAAGCUGUAGCUCCUCGAAGCUGCCGAAUUCCCCUGAGAGCAUUGACAAUGAAAGGAGUGAGAUCUUUGCUGACCUGACAGCUGAAGAGAUGACCCAAGUGGUGAGCUACCUCAAGGGCAAUCUUGGUGUGAACCUGGAAGAUGCAUUUGAUGCGAAACCAUCAGAGAACUGCAUUUACUAUCUGGAUGUGUACCUCCCCACGAAAGCAGAGGUCCUGGGCUUCCUUGACCAUGGAAGGAAAAAGCCCCCUCGGCAGGCAUUGGCUGUAGUGUACUUUGGAGACCAGUUGGAUCCAAAUGUCACAGAAUUCAUAGUAGCUCCUCUCCCAAAUCCCAAACACCAUCGGGACAUCACACUGAGGAAGUUUGGCAAGAAGGUGCCCUAUCACAGCAGACCAGUGACUGAAAGGGAAUAUAAGUAUAUUGACAAUUUUAUUUUCCACAAGCUCUCCGGUGCCCCCAACUUCCUCAAAGAAUGUUGUGAGAAUGUGGAGACUAACUUGGCUACUCUGACCACAGCCCCCCGAGGGUUUGUGUCUGGUGACAGGGCCACCUGGUUUGUCCUGUUCCAGAAUACAAUUGGCAGUGGAUACUACAUCCACCCUAUUGGCUUGGAGGUACUGGUGAAUCACAGCAGUUUGGAUCUCUCUCAAUGGAAGGUGGAGAAAGUGUUCUACAAUGGCCAGUAUUAUGAGGAUCUGGCACAUCUGGAAAAAGAGUUCAAAGAUGGACGUGUGAAAGAGGUUAGAGUGCAGCUGAAGGAUGAUAGUAAUUACCUGAAGCCUCCUGGACCUCUGGCUCAUGCAGCUCCUUUGCAGUUUGAGCCUCAGGGGGUGCGCUACCAUGUCAUAGGCAGUCAGGUUGUCUACCAGUCAUGGAGCUUUGUUUUUGGGAUGAAUGUGAACACAGGCCCACGGCUCUUCAACAUCAGAUUUGGCACAGAGAGGAUUAUCUAUGAGCUGAGUCUUCAGGAAGCCCUUGCCGUUUAUGGCUCCAACUGUCCUGGGGGGAUGAUAACCAGGUACAUGGAUGGCAGCCUUGGCAUCGGGAAGUUUGCUUACGAACUGGUUCGGGGCGUGGAUUGCCCCUACACGGCCACCUAUGUGGACCGACACUACCUGAUAGACUCUGACAUCCCAAGACUGAACAAGAACUCUUUCUGCAUCUUUGAGCAUGACAUGGGUGUGCCUCUGCGUCGCCAUUUUUCUGACAUGGGCUCCUUCUAUUAUGGGGGGUUGGUCAAAUAUGCUCUGGUCCUCAGAGCCAUUUCCACCCUUAUCAACUAUGACUAUGUUUGGGACUUCGUAUUCUAUCAGAAUGGUGCUAUAGAAGUCAAGAUCCAUGCCACAGGAUACAUCAGCUCCUCAUUCUUUGUAGAAGGGGGUGCUGCAUAUGGAAGCAAGGUUGGAGAGCACACGCUUGGAACUAUGCACAACCAUCUCAUUAACUACAAAGUCGACCUGGAUGUUGGAGGAACCAAGAACUCCUUGGAGGCUCUUGAUAUGACAUAUGAGUCUGUGAAGGCCCCUUGGAGCCCAGAACAUCAGAUCCAGCGGCCCAAACUCACAAGACAAGUCCUGGACAAGGAGGAAAAAGCUGCCUUUCCACUUGAUGGCAAUGUCCCGCGGUACCUGCACUUUGCCACCAGCCGUGAGAACGAGUGGGGUCACCAGCGUGGCUACCGCAUCCAGAUCGUCAGCUUUGCAGGCGAGCACCUGCCUGAAGCUAGCACCAUGGAGAGGUCCAUCAGCUGGGGCAGGUACAAGUUGGCUGUAACCAAGCGGAAAGAGGAGGAGCCAACCAGCACCUGCAUCUAUAACCAGAAUGACCCUUGGGACCCUCUGGUGGCCUUUGCCGACUUCAUAGACAAUGAGAACAUCACCAAUGAGGAUCUUGUGGCUUGGAUCUCGGUUGGUUUCUUGCAUGUGCCACAUGCUGAGGACAUCCCCAACACCGUGACAGUGGGCAACGGCGUGGGCUUCUUCAUUCGGCCCUUCAACUACUUUAAUGUCGAUCCCUCCUCUAAGUCCCACGAUAGUGUCUACUUCACGGUUAACCAAGAUGCUACUGCCUGCAACGUCAAUCCUGCUGCCUGCUUGCAAAAGACAGCCUCGUGUUCCCCCAGCCUCCCUCCUUUCACUUAUAAUGGUUUCCAGAAGUUGAAAGGUCCCUAACCAGAAGAAGAAGGUGCUGUAUCCCCCUCCCCUUAUUUCAGCUUGCCAAAACAUGCCUCAGCUGAAUGAUAGUUUUGCUGAGCCCAAGAUAUACCUGGUCUGAACUCCCACAAGUCUAUGUGUCACCUGUUCUGCCUGCUCCCUUAUCUGUUGUUCCCCCUUCAAUGUUCUUCUCAGCUUGGGAGCUGGGGAGUCUUUCUCUAGGGGUGACUGAAUUAAGAGCUUCUGCCUUGACUCGAAGGUCAACAGGAUGCUUCACACAAGCUUUGUUCAUGUGGUGGUUACAUAGUGAAGCCACUAUGUGUUGGCUCUCUUGGGACACUGUAGACUGAUCUUGUCAAUGAUCCAGUGUGUACACAGCUCAUGUCUUACCAUCUUCUGAAAAUGCCUGGGAGGUGACCAUGCUCUUGAUGCAUAACGGAGAAGGGCUCUAACAGGUUCGCUAUGCUACAACUACAGACGGCCUUGGGGUUUAUCAGGCUGGGCAUGGGCCAGGGGCGUAGCUAUAACUGAGUGAAAGGGUUCAAAGAACACGGGUCCCUAUUUUCUUCAUUGUCUCCCUCAUUCUGGGGAGCUGCCAGAGAGAGGGAUGAACACGGGCCCCCUCUCCCCUAGCUACGCCCCUGGCAUGGGCCUAAGGGCCCACACCUAUCAGAAGACCCUCUUGGUCAGCCCCUGAAACUCCAGUCCUUACGAGGAGUGUUGUUGUCAUCUGCUGUUGCCUGCCACUAUCUGGUAAGCCCCCCGCCAACCCUGGCAAGCUUACCAGUUUGGAGGAUGUGCCUCUUUAGCAGUGUGGUGCCAUUUUUUAUUUCCCAUGCCCUCUUCCCUGAUGCAACAUCAGGGCAGGGGGUGGAAUAUGGGAAAUGGCACCACUGCUGGAGGAUCAGUGUCCAUCUGCUGCCCAGUUAGCUUUCCCAGACACUACUGGUGUUCGAUAUAGUUGAAUGGUUUAGUGAAUCUGCAGUUAGGUUGCACUCUGUACUGAAGUAUGUUGAAUCUGCCUAGUGGUUGCAUUUGCUGUCUUUACUUAGUGUGUUUGAUGCUCAAUGAAAUGCUUUGUUGA